AUGCCCGAUGCGGAUGCGAAGCGUACUAAACACAGGAAAAGCACCUGUGCCGGGUGUCGGCGGCGGAAGAGUAAGUGCGAUGGUCGGGUGCCGUCUUGUACGACUUGUAUAGCCUACAAGGACGACUGUCGCUAUGACAAACCACCGUCGCUGGCGUAUGUCCGGUCUCUAGAGGAGGAAGUACACGAGCUCAAGGCUCAGCUCCGCCAAGCCAGAUCUCAAACCUGGACUCCCAACCCACACCCCAUCAAGGAGGAGAAGAUAUCCAUAGCAUCACCAGCAAGCGAUGCUAACGUCUCCCAACAGUCCGGUAGCCAGUCCGCCCCAAAUCGGCGUCGCAUAUGGGAGAAUGAUAUCAUUGUGGACGACCGAGGCAAGGUUGCCUUCAACGGUCCAACAUCGGCCGUCUAUGAGCCUCCGGAUAAUUCGGCUUUGCAGCCACUGAAUCAGCAGUCAGUCUCGUCAGUCACGAAGGAUGAGGAGAUGAAACGGAACCUUGUCGUGAAUGCCACACAGCAACGCGAGAUCGAACCGUACGCUAUCGCCAAUGGUGCUGUUAAAGUCAACAUUCCCAAAGAGCUCUCAGAAGAGCUGCUCAGAUAUCAUUGGUGCUGGAUACACCCACUCUUUUUGUUCGUCUAUCGACCAGCCUUCGUUCGUGGCAUGUCCAGCAUCGAUUUCAACGCACCCUCCAGGAAAGAUCCGCCCUAUUUCUCCGAUACGUUGUUGAAGGUCAUGCAUGCGCAUUGUGCAAGGUUCUUGAACCAUGAUGUGUAUCAACAUCACUACUCUACAGUCACUGGUCAGAGUCCAGUCACGCAGACCUUCUCGGCACAUCAUUUCAUGCAGAAGCUGACAGAAGAUGCAAGACUCAGCUUGGGUAUGGACAUGCUCCAGCCGAGUGCCAUCCCAACUAUCCAAGCACUGCUGCAACAGUCCGCUCGCGAGGUUGUGUUUGGUCGCUCCUCACAAGCUUGGACAUUUGCAGGAGUAGCCUUCCGCAUGGCCCUCGACAUGGGCAUACACCUUCCGUCGGAUCGCCUACAGUCGUUUGUGAAGAGUCUUACAGCCGAAGACAUCGAAGUGCGGAAGCGAUUGUUCUGGGCAUGUUACACGUGGGACAAGAUACUGAGUGUAUACCUUGGCCGCAUGCCAGGCUUUGCGCAUCCAACAGAUGACCUUCCGAUGACGUUCAUGGACGAUUACUCCGACAAGGACCCAUGGGCACCGUACUAUGGCGAGACGCCGAAGCCGGAUCAUGCACAUGCGCCAAACUAUCCGCCUUGUCCAGGCUAUGUUGUGUCAACUUUCCAGCAAAAUUGUCGCUUAUGCGUGAUAUUGAACGAUCUGAUGCAUAACAUAUACUCACCAGAGGCGGCUGCUCGAAGAGAAAGCGAAGACAUGUCCGCGGAAGCCAAGGCAGCCAACGAGCAGCCUUUCAUCAGAAUCGCCAAGGAUCUUCAGGAGUUCUACGUCUCAAUGCCUCCCCAUCUGCGCAUCAACGCUGAAAGGAUGCCACCACUGGCGCCACCAGUACACAUCAUGUCACUGAAUUUGCUCUAUCAUACCACAGUCAUACUGCUGCACCGGCCGGUAGUCUUAGGCUCGAGAGACAUGAGCGCACCUGGACCAAGUCGAUCAUUCCAAGCUUGUCUACAAGCUACGGCUGCUAUCCACGACCUACUUAUCCUUCAGUCGAAUACCUUUGGCCUUUCGCAUGUGUCCUAUCUAAAUGCUUACGCCGCAUAUAUUGCGGCGACUAUAGCAGUGCUACGGUUCGAACGGGAGCACACCAAUACAGUCGAUCCGGCAAUGAGCAUGGAACGCGCUGGCCUUACUUUCUUGCUGGAGGUGUUGAAGCGUACGGCAAGCGCGAUGCCAGCCCUUGAGCGUUCCGACGCCAUAAUACGAAAACGUGUUCAAGCCGUGAUUGACCGGCAGAGCAACAUACACCGAAGGCCAUCGCAGCCGUCGCCGGUCCCGGUAUCGACGCCACUGUUUGUGCCGACCACACACGACAUGUCGCUUGCCCAGCCUACAGCAUUCCAAACCAUGUCUGCGCAUUCGCACCAUAACAACAAUGGUAUCCCAACAACAACGCAGCAAGUCGCGUACAGCCCCCAGCAUAUCCUCAAUCCGAGUCCCGCACCCGACACCGUCGUAUCUACGAUGUCCGCCCAGUCCAACACGAACGCCUUUGUUGCCCCAAUGCAGUGGCAGUCUGACAUGCGCAGCAGCCUCCACCAGCAACAGAAUCCAUAUCAACCACAGUCAUCUUCUCCAUCACCACAUCUCCACUCCUCGCAGCAGAACACCAAUGCCAGUAGCAUGCACCCGCCACCUCAUCCUCCACAAUCAUCACACUCCCACCACCGGAGCAAUUCCAACUCCCUCAACAGCCAUCAUGUGAACAACAAUGUCUUCAUAGACGAGGAUUUCCUGCCCGCAUUUCCUGGCCAGCAAUUCCCUGUGGGCAUAAGUCCCGCCGACCACGGCGGGUUUGUCGACAGUCAGGCUCGCGCUGCGCUGUUCGGAUAUAGUUUGGAUCCGCACCCCAGGCUGCAAGUGACGGGUGAAGUUGACUGGAGGGUGCUGGACGGCGGUUUCGAUGGUGUUGGUGGUGAAGGAGGAGGGACCAACACAGGUGGGGCUGGCAUGGGGUAUGCUGUUGCUUGA